UGUCAUCUCGAACGCACCUGAACUUUUGCAUCUUUUCUCCAGUGGGCUUCUGCUCUACAAAUAUCAAAUUAUACGACUUUUAUCACUUUUCUCAAAAACCUGUUCUUGCAAACUCAUCAAACGCCGUUUGCCCUGAAACUUUGUCAGGAUCAUCUACGGAAGUUAUUGAAAUAAUUUGCCGAUCUGUUGGGUUUUCCAUUAAAUUUCACUUUGUGUCUUGACGUACAAUUUUAUAUAAAUGUCCGUAGAUCAAACUUUGCUUAAUUUAUUCAUAGGUGUCAUUUACACUGGCGACGCGUUUAAAUGUCUGCACCGCUUUCCAACACAAAGUGACGCCCUUGAAUCUAUCGUAACCUAACUUGGAGCGUGUGAUACGUCCUAGAGAGCUGUUUUUUUGUUUUUUUUUUAAGCCCGUCCACUUGUAUUUUAUUUUGCAUAUGAUAAAUCUGUUUACAUCUUCACAUCCAUUGAAGUGUCCAUCAGGGGACACCAAGCUUCAGGGUUCAGACGGGGAUGUUCGCUCUUGUGUCUUUUCAGUUGCUCACUGAGGCUGUAAGUUGAAGUUUUCCUUUUCUACUUGAUCCAGUGGAAAUGUAUUUUUCUCUGCUAAAAAGUGUUUGUGCAGCUUAAAACUUGGAAAGACAAAAGUUGGCAGGUGGGUUGAACGUUUCGCCCUCUGGUCGGGUUGGUCAGGUACAUAAAAUGACCACAAGGUUUUGGGUUUGGCUGCGAGUCCUUCGUCACUUUAAUCUCUUUAGUUAUCUGCACCUGGUCUUGUCCUCUGGAAAUGUUGGAUUUAUCACAACCCGCUCGGAUCCCGAUCGUUGCUGCUAUAUUUUAAUUUCAUAGAUGUGGACAGUUUGUCAGAACAGUUGGUCUCCAGCUUCAUCGCAGCGUCUCGAGGAUGAAAAUCACCCAGAAACAGAGACGCUGCCGUCACGUCCUGUUUGCCGGGGCAGAGGUUCCUCUCCCCGCUGACCCGGAGGUGAGUCCCCUGGUCGUCUAAUCAGCAGGUAAAUAUUGUCCCUCUGACGUCAGAGCGGCUCACAUAUAAGCCUUCAUGUCUGAGGCUGAGACCUCAGAAUCCAGAGGGACAGUCUGAGGCGUCCAGUGUUCUUCACCGUCCCGCCGAGUCCAUCAGUGCCCUCCCAGUCCUGCCUGGUCCGAGUCCCUCGGUGUCCUGCCCGUUACGAGUCCCUCAGCACCAUGGUCAGCGGCAGGAUCCUGCUCCUCUGCGCCUCCUGCUGGCUGCUGGUAGUUGUGGGGAGCAGCGAGGAGCUGAAACAGGAGCGAUCAGCUGAGGACGAGGAGAAAGUGCUGAUCGAAGCUCUACAAGAAGUUCUGGAGAAGUUAAAGAACAAAGAGCCGCCGUCGUCAGAGAAGAAGCUCGGCUGGGUUCCUGCAUGUGACGCGGGGCAGCAGUGUGCGGUGCGUAAAGGAUCGAGGAUCGGGAGGCUGUGCGCAUGUCCCGGAGGAACCGUCUGUGACUUCAGCGUCCUCAAGUUUCAAACAUCUGCUGCACAUAAGGACUUCAUCGGGACAUUCACAUUUGUGAAGUGUUGCUCUUUAGGCUUGGGAACCGGAGGGUCACCUGUGCAAGUCCAGCACUGCCAAAGGAGCCCCUGAGUGAGCAAGGCCCUGACCCCCCUAAUGGCCCCUAAUUAGGAGGAGUUAAAUGCAGAGGACGCGUUCUUCAUGCGUUGUGCUCACUGUAAAAUUGUAUGAAGCCAAAUAAAGUUGUUUUGUGCGGUCUCAGA